AGUCGUGACAAGACGUAGAAGAUACACAACGUCAGUCUACAACGGACAUUGUUUGCCCUCACUCAGUCAUGGCGUCCACUUAUCCUCAGUUCGUCCUCUUGGGGGACUCUCUGUUCCAACAGUCGAUGCAGUUACAAGAGGGGUUCUCGUUCCAAGCUGCUCUUCAAACCCUGUGCUGUCGAAAGCUUGACGUGAUCAACAGGGGUUUCUCGGGAUACAACACCAGGAACCUGCUGAGCGUGUUGGAGGGGGUCUUUCCCGAGAGGGGCGCAGACACACCCGCGAUUGAGUACCUUGCCAUCUUGAUCGGAGCUAACGAUGCCGUCAUUGAUGGGGCUCCUACAAAGCAGCACGUCGACCUGGACGAGUACAAGUCCAACUUGACCAAGAUCGUCAACCACCCUCGUGUCAAGCAGCACAAGCCGAAGAUCUUUAUCAUCACGCCCCCGCCGGUGGACGAGCUUAAACACACGAAGCUUGACCUAGAAAAGGGCCUGUCCUCGAGUAUCCGUACCUCGGCCAUCAGCGCAUCAUACUCUGAGAAGGCUCGUGAGGUCGCUCGCGAGAAUGAGGGGACCGUGUUGAUCGACUUGUGGCAGACCAUAAUGCAUGCCGCCAUUGCGCUCGCGCCAGGCGAUUACCAGUCUGGCGGCCCAUGGCUCGGUACUCCCGAGAAUGGGAAAGCGGGAGGUCUGGACGAGCUUCUCCCAGACGGCCUCCACCUCAGCGGAAAGGCAUACCAGAUUUUCUACGAGACCUUGAGGCCUCACGUCGAGAGGGUUUGGGAGGGCCAGCCGGACAAUGCCGGUUUUGUCUACCCGACAUGGGAGGAAAUGAAUAACGUCAGCACCACUCCUUAGAUAUCGACAUAAACUGCGAAAUACAAUCUGUUAGAAAGGAUUACCGGAAGAUAUUGUCGCCUUCCCUGACUGCUAGUCGAAGUAGUUCUAUUUCUGAGUGAUCGUAUUCUCUUCGGCAGACUUGGAUGAUUGAUCAAAGACGUGUGGGAAGAAUGAGACAAACACGUUAUGUGGGUGACUGAACUUUUGCAUCCGUACGUUUCCCUGCCGAAUUUAAAGAAAUCAAAUCAAAAUCAAU